GGUUACUGGGCCGCUCCCUGUUCACUGCAGUAUUUCCUUAUAUAAAGUUAAACAGAACUUUAUUACAUAAGGAGGCGUCCGGAUCCUCAGGAGAUUCUCGUAAGACAGGAGAUGGGUGUAGACUCUAAGCAGAAGGUCCUUCUGGUGCUGCUGGCUGCGUCCAUCGUGUCGGUAUUGAUCGCCCUCAUUCUGUCCCUGAUCAGAAGCGUCGAUGUCCCUCUCCCCCCUGGAACCAAGUACGGGAUGGUGUUUGAUGCCGGCUCGUCCCACACCUCGCUUUUCAUCUAUCAAUGGCCAACGGACAAGGAGAACAACACCGGGGUGGUGAGCCAGAAUCACGUGUGCGACGUGGACGGUCCUGGUAUCUCCAGCUAUGCCAGUAAUCCUCCCGCUGCCGGUCAGUCUCUGGUCCGCUGCCUGGAUGAAGCCAUGUCCAUUAUACCCGCCGAGCAGCAGAAGGCGACCCCCACUUAUCUCGGAGCCACUGCUGGGAUGAGAUUACUGAGUCUACAGAACAAAACUGCGUCAGAUCAGGUACUUGCUGAGGUUUCCAAGACUAUAAGCCGCUACCCCAUUGAUUUCCACGGGGCCCGCAUCAUCUCCGGACAAGAAGAAGGGUCCUAUGGGUGGAUCACUAUAAAUUACCUCUUGGAGGCUUUCAUGACGUAUACUUUCAGUGGUCACUGGGUAAGGCCGUUUUCUUCCACCAUAUAUGGUGCUCUGGAUCUCGGGGGGGCCUCUACUCAGAUCAGCUUCAUCCCGAAAACCAACAUCGAAGAUGUAACCGAAAAAGCAGAAUUCAAACUGUAUGGCUUCCCGUAUACCAUCUACACCCACAGCUUCCUGUGCUAUGGGCAAAACCAGGCCCUGCUGCAGAUGAUGGUAAAGGCCAUGGAGGGUAAGGACCUGACUAAGCCCGUGAGCGUUCCUUGUUAUCCGAAAGGCUAUCAAGAGACCCGUACCCUGCAGUCCGUCUAUAAUAGUCCGUGCACUGCAAAAUCCGCGCCAUCCACACCACUAAACCAGACGUUCAACAUAACCGGUACUGGAAACUCUACCCAGUGCUACGAGCUCCUCCAGACCAUCUAUAACUUCUCCUCCUGUGCCGGGAAAUCCUCCUGCUCAUUCGAUGGCGUCUACCAGCCGCCUGUCGUUGGAAACUUUUUCGCUUUCUCCGCGUUUUUCUACACAUUUGACUUUCUCAACCUGACAUCAGGACAGAAUUUGUCUACGGUCCAGAAUACAGUGCAGGCCUAUUGUGCGCGGGACUAUGCCGAGCUUGUGUUAACCUACCCGAAUGAAGUAAAAACCCGUCUAAGAGAUUAUUGCGGCAACGCCAACUACAUCCUGUCCCUGCUGCUCAAGGCCUACAAAUUCGAUGAGAACUCCUGGAAAUCCAUCAGCUUCAUGAAACAGGCGGCAAACACCGACAUUGGCUGGACGUUGGGCUACAUGCUGAACCUGACCAACAUGAUCCCAUCCGAGGCCCCGUCCACCAUGAAAGUACACAACCACAGCAUCUGGGCGGCCGCCAUUUUCUUUAUCGUCUUCAGUCUGGCUCUUGGGUUGGUUAUGCUGAUCUUAUAUUUCCGAUAGCUGACACCUUUCACACCACUAUGUGAAAUAUGAAGGAUGGACCAAGAUGAAUACCAGCAUACACCUCAUAGACUAUAGAGUAUGGACCAAAGUUGACUGCACAAUCUCAUGUCUCUUCUGACUUGGGGUCCACACAUUGUAGCGUGCACGGUCAGUACGGAUACAAGGCAUCUACCUGACCUUCCUUUUCUCCCUUUGGAUCCUUUUACACAACGCCGUGCGCUGAGAUAGGCCUUUCCUCUGAGCCAUGUUGGCCCCCGGCAGUACUCAGUCAGUGUCAGGACUUCUGGAAGGGAUCCUGGAUCAUAACAGACUUGACGUCUUUCCAUGCUCCACUUUCCCAGAUUGUCAUCUUUGAGCUUCACCAGACUCGAUGGAACUGGAAAUAAUUAAGAAAUAGAGGAGGAUGUGGGAGGAAAAUGUAGACUACACAACCUUAGAGAAGGAAGAAAUACUAACAGCAAUGGCUAUUGUAGAUACAUAGAUGGAGGGGGUGGGGGGGUCUUUUACCAGACCUCUGUCCUGUUCCAGGAGGACAUGGUGCAUGACCAUUCUUCUAGUCAAUGUAGAUGCAUAGAGGAGAGGGGCUUCAUAGCCUUGAUGGGGGCUUGUUCACCAGAAUUCUGUCCUGUUCCAGGAGGACAUGGUGCAUGACCAUUCUUCUAGUCUAUUGUAGAUGCAUAGAGGAGAGGGGCUUCAUAGCCUUGAUGGGGGCUCGUUCACCAGACCUCUGUCCUGUUCCAGGAGGACAUGGUGCAUGACCAUUCUUCUAGUCGAUGUAGAUACACAGAGUAAAGGGGCUCCAUAGCCUUGAUGGUGGCUCCUUCACCAGACCACUGUUUUGCUCCAGGAGGACAUGGUGCAUGACCAUUCUUCUAGUUUAUGUAGGUACAUAGAAGAGAGGGGCUACUUAGCUUUGAUGGGGGGGGGGUGUCUUUUACCAGACCUCUGUCCUGUUCCAGGAGGACAUGGUGCAUGACCAUUCUUCUAGUCAAUGUAGAUACAAAGAGGUGAAGGGCUCCAUAGCCUCAAUGGGGGCUCUUCCACCACAACUCUGUCUUGUUCCAGGAGGACAUGAUGCAUGACUAUUAUUUUAGUCAAUGGAGGGGAAAUACACAGGUCCACCCUCCCUUGUUUUGCUAAUGUUGUGAUACCUCUGCAUAAAGAGAUAUGGUCAACCUGAAUUGAACACUCACUUCCCCAGCUCAAAAGGUAUAUACACAAAUCUUGGAUUCCACCACAAAAUCUAGAUACGUAGACGACAUUUUUAUGUCCCAUGUGGAAAAAGUUCAGGAAAUGGAGCAAACAUUGGGGGAGAUAUAUCAAAACCUGUGCUGAGAAAAAGUUUACCAGUUGCCUAUAGCAACCAAUCAGAUAGCUUCUUUUAUUUUUCAGAGGCCUUGUUAAACAUGAAAAAAGCAAUCUGAUUGGUGGCUAUUGGCAACUGGUCAACUUUUCCUCUCCACUGGUUUUGAUAAAUCGCCCCCAUAGUCACUAUUAGACUAUGUUCAGCCUAUUAAAGCCAAUAGGCCUGAUGCCAACAUGUUACGGCACAUGUCAGUAUCAUGGUUGGACAUGUUAUCGACACACUGUAGCCAAAUGUGUAUGGUGGCCUCCCGACUCUUUACUGAGGCCAGGGUAUGAUUAGAAAGCUGAGGGGGUGUGAAUCAUGUUCAAGGGGGUGAUUAUUUAUCUUGUAAACACACCCACUUGACACUAGCAUUCACACCCCUUUUUUGUAGUAAAGUUCACGCCCAUCUGACUAUUAGAUGAAAACCAAAUAGUAAAACCUCGGGAACAGUGGAGCAUAGCAAGGUAGAAAUACUUUUGGAAUUGACAACCAAGGCAUUAAAAUAUUUUGAGAAAACCCCUACAUUUUCUAACCACAGAUCCUCCUUAAAAAAGGGUAAUUUUUGCAAAAUGUAUUUCUAUAUUACUGCAAGAAGUCAACUAUUGAUAUAUGUAGUAUUACCAGCGCUGAAUGUUAAAAUGACGCCCUAUCUGCUGCUUCACUAUAUGUACGCCUCCCUGUAUUUGCGUAUCCAAUAUAAAUACAAGUCAGAAAUGUGAUAGUGAGCGCUGAACGGGACUUAGAUAUGGAAAUGUUGUGUUACCACUUC